GUCAUGUUAUCCCGUUCCGUCGUGUUGCUUCUAGCUACAUCAACUUUUGUAGCUGCGCAGUUCAGUUGCCCAUUGAACACCAUCAGUAAGAACAAUGGAAUGUCUGGAUCAAUCCCUCCUGGAGCUGCAUCAAUGGUACAGGUUCCAGCAGGAAGUACCUGUACUUUUAAGUUCGAUAUCCCGAAAGGAUUUGCUUUGAAAAUAGAGACUACUGCAGAUUACGAUAUUUCGAAAAGAGAUUCAAUCAAGUUCGAUGACUUUUAUAUCACUUCACCAGCUGAAAAGAAGAUUGAGUACGCUGUCAGAAAGACGCUUCCAUACAAUGUUGUGUCAAAAUCCGGAAGCCUUAAAUUCUUCGCCACUUACACUUAUGUUGACAUCUCAAAUUAUCAACAAGUGAUCAAGGCAACUGGAACAUUCUUCAACACUACUCUCGAAGCCAACAAGUUCACUACUGUCAGAGCAGCAAAUAACGAUCAGGUUGCAUUGAAAUACGGAUCCCGUGAAACUGGAUUCCAUGAUGAGACAAUGUACCAAACAUUUGUCUUUGAUGGAAAUGAUUUCAUGAAUUCCGAAUACUUGGGUAGAUACACUGAUCUUUAUCAUGGACCUGAUUACACCGCUUUCUCCACAUCAAACACUCUUACUCUCCUGAACUUGUACCGUACUCCAUCCGAUUCGCUGUUCAUUUCCAAUGAUGCAUCUGCGGUGAAGAAGUACGACCAAUACAAAAUUCUUGUUGUUAGCUCUGCCAAUCAAAUUUCUGGAUUGAUGUACAAUUUCCAUGAUAAUGCUGAUGCAUGGUACACAAUCAUUUGCGAUGGAUGCAACAGUAUCAAUAUCAAAUCUUUGGAUUUUGAUACGAGUUACAAUGGUUAUCUGGAAGUUCAAGAAUUGUCCCCAACACAGAAGCUUCCACCAAAGUUCAGAUUCCAAGCUGGAAACAACCAACUUCCACAACUUGUUUCGGCUCCAAUGACUACCUUCCAUACCUACAAAGCACGUGUCUCGUUCACCGUUCAAGGUGAAAACUGAAAUGGACAUUGGAGUGAAUUAAAGUCAGAUAAAUUUUUGAUAAGAUUUUCAUGUUUUUUUUAUUAAAUAAAUAUUUGAACAU